AUGCAGGAAACCUACCGUCCGGCGACAGCUCAGAGCAGUGCGGAAGAGGACCCACGGCAGCCCACGGUCCCCGUCGCCGCGCAGGAACCGACAGCCGGCCGCGUACUCUCCGACGUGACGCAGGAGAAGGACCAACAGCAGCCUCCCAAGAAGGUGAGCAGUGAGCUCAGAAUCCCCAACACGUACGAGUUGGCCGACAAGAAGAAAGGCAAGCGCACCCUCGAGGCCCCCAAGGACAGCCAGCCGACGGCCAAGAAGCUCAAGGUGCCGGCCGAAGAGGCACAGAAGGCUCUCCCCCAGGCGCCCGAGGAGGCCGCUGAUCAGGGACAGAAGCCUCUCCCUCAGGCGCCCAAGGUGCCCGCCGAAGAGGGACAGAAGCCUCUCCCUCAGGCGCCCAAGGUGCCCGCCGAAGAGGGACAGAAGCCUCUCCCUCAGGCGCCCAAGGAGGCCGCCGGUCAGAAACAGAAACCUCCCAAGAUGCCGAAGGUGAACUUCCUGACGUACGAUCGAGAGACACAGAGAAAGGUGCAGAAUUACCUCAGGAAGUACAGGAGGAAGUAUACUGUGGCGGAAACCCCGCAGCCAAGCAACUGA